ACACUCAAAUGCUGUGGAAGUUCCGCUCGAAUUCCUUUCAAUUUUCUCCGAAAUGUUCCACAAUAAUUACAACCACAUGUGCUCUCUCCUUCUGGUACACCGAAUAUAAUAUGAAAGGAAGUCAUCACAAGAAAGUGAUUGAUGAGAUAUGUUAUGAUAGCAGUUAAACACAGAAAGGGAGCACUGGAGCAGAGAGAAGGAGCAUAAAAUAAUAUUUUUUUGCCACAGUCCCUUCAGAUUGAUGAUCGUGCUGGAUAAAUUCACAGAAAUUCUGAUUACUUUACCACCCGGGUGGCACUAUCCGUACCAUUUCCCGACAAAGCGCCUGGCUUUGGGUCCCCAUUGGAUCGGAUUCCCGGAGUUUGGAUCAGUGACUUGUAAACGUAGCGGUCAUGUAACAAGCAAUAAACAGGCAAACGGUUUUGUCACAUACCUACAACUUCAAGUACACGAAUCUAAAACUCGUUGCACGAUCACACAGCACCGUGAACUUGAAUGAGCGAAUUGUUCAGCCACACGCCGCCAUCGUUUUACAGUCAACGCUUCAUUUUGCGCUUCUUAACACUUCAUUGAUUUCGAUCAGACCUGUGCAUUUUUUAGUUCAAUAUGGAGUUUCUGAUGUCCUAUUCAGCUGCCGUAUGUAUCGUCAUAUUGAUACUGUACGCCUUGCACUACGGGAAAAAUAUAGCCUGUCGCCGUGGAUGCAAGAGUAAUGCCAAGCUCACAGGAAAAACGGUCAUCAUCACAGGGGGCAAUUCAGGCAUCGGCAAAAGGACGGCCCUGGACUUGGCCCGGCGAGGAGCCCGUGUCAUCCUCGCCUGUCGCAAUCUGCAGAAGGCUGAAGACGCCGCCAAAGAGAUCAAGACGCGUACGGGCAACUCGGAGGUUGUGGUGCACCACCUGGAUCUAGCCAGCCUGCAGUCCGUCAGGGAGUUCGCUAACAAGAUCAUCGAAAGCGAGGACAGACUGGAUAUUCUAAUAAACAAUGCAGGUAUCGCCGUUGUCUCUGGCGAAGCUCUUACUGAGGACGGGUUUCCAUCGUUGUUCGGCGUCAACCACUUCGGCCACUUCCUGCUCACCAAUCUCCUCCUAGACCUACUGAAGAAGAGCGGCCCGAGCCGGGUGAUCACCAUCUCCUCGAACAUUCACCGAUGCAUAUUGAGUCCGAUGGACUUGACUCGGGUCGAAAGCGACGAUAACGGGAACAUUCGCCGGGGGCUGUAUCCACGCCUGAAGACGUACCACCACAGCAAGCUAGCCAACAUCCUGUUUGCUGGGGAGCUUGCCAGGCGUCUGGCCUCUACAGACGUUACCUCCGUCUCUCUCCACCCCGGGGUCAUCUUCACCCCGAUCUGGAAGAACGUGUGGAGCCGUAUCUGGAUCUUGACACCGCUGUACUACAUCUUAGGCCCGCUGAUGUGGUUGCUUCUUAUAGACGAGGAGGCUGGAACCCAGACCACGCUCCACUGCGCCUUGGACGAGUCAGUCAGUCAUCUAUCGGGCCGGUAUUUCACCAACUGUGAGGUCAGCGAACCCUCUGCCAUGGCUCAAGACGAGGAAUUGGCUAAACGACUGUGGGAGGUCAGCUGUCUAGCCACGGGGAUCAAGGAAAAAUGAAUGUUGGGUUGAAAAAUCCUUCAAAGCACUUAACAGAAUUUAAAUUUUGAGGUGGUGGGUCAGAAAUUAUUUUAGUUCACAAUGUUUUUAUUUCUCAAUGAAUAAUCACUUCAUACUUAAAAUGCAGAGUAAUGUAUGUAGAAUAGAAUACAUUUUAUAUACAACUUGAUGUGGAUGGAAAACACUCACAGAACUUGCUACCCCUGAUGAUGGUCACGAUUUUCAUCAACCCUCUAUCAAUAUAUUACUGCACGGUGCACCAUUUCAAAGAAAAACUGAAGUCGCAAAAGUGUAAAAGCUUGACUGUAUUGCAAUGUACAUGUGCAGGCAUUAUUUCAACUCUUUGCUCAAGGAACACCUGGUUUUUAGGCUUCAAGUCUGGGCCUAGUGACAGGAUGAUUGAUGGUCUUGUGGUCAACAGCAGCUACAAAACAAUACAAUUA